AAGACAAGUCGACCCCUUAAUGGUUCCCAUCAAAACCACUAAAAACAUCAUCAGAGAGGCCGACUUCCGCGAGGAUUCCUGUGGCGGACGCAUGAAGCCUCCUCCCAGCUGACAGACUCCGACCAAAACAAACCCGCGGAGAGCCAUUUCUGGGAGUUUGACCAAGCUCUUCGCUUCCAAAUAGAGAAGAGAAGUUCGCUUUUGCUCAAGUUUUUCAACAUUCAAGAGUCUGCUUCUUCCUCAUCCAGGAUACUUUCUCAGAAGGCGGCAGAAGUGGCCUGGCUCCUGAAUAUCACCAGUCCCGCUCUGCGCCUUUAUUUACUCUUAUUAGGUUCCUUUUAUUUCCCGUUUUUUAUACAAGCGAGUUUGGUGGUUCAUGUUCACAAAUGUUAGCGGUCGGGCAAAUGGAGGCUAACCGGCAGAGUGCUUUCGUCCUGGGCAGCACCCCGCUGGCGGCGUUGCACAACAUGACCGAGAUGAAAACUUCCCUAUUCCCGUAUACGCUGCAGCAGAGCCCGGCGGGCUUUAAGGCGCCCCACCUCUCCAGCCUUAACUCCCAGAUGGCCGGGGGGACCCCGCACGGAAUAAGCGACAUCCUUGGGAGACCCAUCACUUCGGCCGGACAGCUGCUCUCCGGCUUCCCCAGGAUAAACGGCCUGGCCACCACCGCAGCCGCCGCGGCGGCAGCAGCAGCGGGGAUGUACUUCACCCCGGCGAUGUCGCGGUACCCGAAGCCGCUGGCCGAGCUGCCGGGGAGGGCGCCUAUCUUCUGGCCCGGGGUGAUGCAGGGUUCUCCCUGGAGGGACCCGCGAGUUCCUUGUCCUUCUCAAGCUAAUAUGAUGUUGGAUAAGGAUGGAAAGAAGAAACACUCCAGACCGACCUUUUCAGGACAGCAGAUUUUUGCACUGGAAAAAACCUUCGAGCAGACGAAAUACCUGGCCGGCCCAGAGAGAGCCCGCCUGGCUUAUUCUUUAGGAAUGACCGAGAGUCAAGUCAAGGUUUGGUUUCAGAACAGAAGAACCAAAUGGCGGAAGAGACACGCAGCAGAAAUGGCCACGGCCAAGAAGAAGCACGACUCCGAGACGGAGAAGAUGAAGGAGAGCUCGGAUAACGAGGACGACGACGAGUACAACAAACCCCUGGACCCAAACUCAGACGACGAGAAGAUCACGAGACUGUUGAAAAAGCACAAGGCCAGCAACCUGGCGCUGAUCAGCCCCUGCAGUAACAGCUCGGACACCUUGUGAUGCACUCAUUAUUUUUAUUUUUUUUUAAUCCCCUUUCCACCUGACACUGCGAACAUGC